AUGGAGAGAUUUCAGUCUUCCAUGCGCAAGCGGCUUUACAGUCUGCCGCAGAACAUAGGACAGAAGCCGUUUGUGAUUGAUGAUGGAGACAGUGGGGACAAGGACAAGAGGAAAAGUAUUGGGCUCAAACAGUUGUCCUCUCUGUCUCCCGCGAGCAGCGCGCGGAGCAUCGAGGAGGCCAGGUCCGAGGACUUGGACCGGGACGUGACCAACGUCAAAACCAACUUGAACGGGGACUGCCGCCUGUUCCGGGGCAGCCUGUGCUCCCUCACGGGGCGACAUGCUCCGGUGGACCCCGCGGAACAGCGCUGCCUGCUGCCGGAGGCGGACGCAGAGCGCGGCCCCGGGGCCCAGCAGAGGGUUCCCUCUGCGCUCAGCGGUGCCACGGGACAGGGCUCUGUGUAUGACCAGUCCUCAUUCAUAAAAUUGGAGGGCUCCGAGCAGAUCAUCCCCGAGGAUGACCGUCUCUACCAAGCCGGAUUCAUGCACCGCCAGUUCGGAGCCAUGCUCCAACCCGGAGUCAACAAGUUCUCCCUGCGGAUGCUGGGCAGCGAGCGGGCCGUAGAGCACGAGAGAGAGAGGGUCAAGUCAGCUGGCUUCUGGAUCAUCCAUCCAUACAGUGACUUUAGGUUUUACUGGGACCUGACCAUGCUGCUGCUGAUGGUGGGUAACCUAAUCAUCAUUCCUGUGGGUAUCACAUUCUUCAAGGAUGAGCACACACCUCCAUGGAUUGUUUUUAACGUCGUUUCUGACACUUUUUUCCUCAUGGAUUUGGUCCUUAAUUUCCGCACAGGCAUCGUCAAAGAGGAUAACACAGAAAUCAUCCUGGACCCUCAACAAAUCAAGAUUAAAUACCUAAAAAGCUGGUUUAUGGUGGAUUUUGUUUCCUCUAUACCUGUGGACUAUAUUUUCCUUAUUGUAGAGACACGUAUAGACUCUGAUUUUUACAAAACGGCCCGAGCGCUGAGGAUAGUCCGCUUCACGAAAAUCUUGAGUUUGCUGCGGUUACUCAGACUGUCCCGACUCAUACGCUACAUUCACCAGUGGGAAGAGGUUUUCCACAUGACCUACGACCUGGCCAGUGCCAUGGUUAGGAUCAUGAACCUGAUUGGGAUGAUGCUACUGCUGUGUCACUGGGAUGGGUGCCUGCAGUUCCUGGUACCCAUGCUCCAGGACUUCCCCGCAGACUGCUGGGUGACAAGGAACAAGAUGGUGAAUGACACAUGGGGUCAGCAGUACUCCUACGCGCUCUUUAAGGCCAUGAGUCACAUGCUGUGUAUCGGAUACGGCCUGUACCCUCCCAUAGGCAUGGCUGAUGUCUGGCUCACCAUCCUCAGUAUGAUCGUAGGUGCCACUUGUUUUGCCAUGUUUGUGGGCCAUGCCACUGCUCUGAUCCAGUCUUUGGACUCAUCCAGAAGGCAGUACCAAGAGAAGUACAAACAAGUGGAGCAGUACAUGUCCUUCCACAAGCUGCCUGCCGACAUGCGACAGAGGAUCCAUGACUAUUAUGAGCAUCGCUAUCAGGGCAAGAUGUUUGAUGAGGAGAGCAUCCUGGAGGAGCUCAAUGAGCCUCUCAGAGAGGAAAUUAUCAACUUUAAUUGUCGCAAAUUGGUAGCAUCCAUGCCACUGUUCGCCAAUGCUGAUCCAAAUUUUGUCACUUCGAUGUUGACCAAGCUGAGAUUUGAGGUCUUCCAGCCAGGAGACUACAUCAUCCGCGAAGGGACUAUCGGCAAAAAGAUGUACUUCAUUCAACAUGGGGUCGUCAGUGUGAUCACAAAAAGCAGCACAGACACCAAGCUCACUGAUGGAUCAUAUUUCGGAGAGAUUUGCUUGUUGACUCGGGGCAGGAGGACCGCCAGUGUCCGUGCUGAUAACUACUGUCGCCUGUACUCUCUGUCUGUGGACAACUUCAAUGAGGUGCUGGAGGAAUAUCCCAUGAUGAGGAGGGCCUUUGAGACAGUGGCUUUGGACCGACUUGAUCGCAUUGGCAAAAGGAAUUCUGUUCUACAACACAAAGUCCAGCAUCACCAAAGUUCGGGAACCCUGAAUCUUCAGGAGAACGAGAUCAUCCAAAGAAUUGUCCAGCACGACCGGGACAUGGCCCAGUGCACUCAGCUGAUCCAAAGCAGCUGUGCACAGGUCAUAGCUCCACCCCCUGCCUCCCCGUCCCCCACCCCUGUCAUAUGGGCCCCACUUGUCCAGGCUCCUCUCCAGGCUGCGGCCGCAACCACACCUCUCGCCCUGGCUUUAGCCCAUCACUCCCAAUUACCUCCCAUCCUCUUUCACCACCCUCUGGCCCACAGUGCAUCCUUCAGAGAGCCGCAUUCAAAAAGAGUCCACGUGGGACAGUCCAGCAGUGGGUCGGGACCUGGUUCUCCUGUCAGCUCCACUAAAUUACACACAGUUUUGGAGACUCCGAAUGUGAUGUCUCUCAGGACCCCCCAUGUCUCUUGCGGCCCGGUCUCUCAGACACUACCAGCUCAGCCCAUCUUCACCAGCAGCAUGCAGCCUCUUGUCCCUAUCCCACAACCUCCCCACCACAUCCCCUCUGUCCUCUCAAUGGGCCAGUGCACUGUGUCCUAUACCUGCUCCACCACACAACCACACCCUCAACCAUUCCUCAGCACUUUCACAACUGCACCUCCACCAUUUCUCCAGCAGGGGGCCACAAUGAGGUUAUCUGGGAGAUUCCCGCCCCCCUCCUCCGUCAUAAGCCCCCUGAUCUCUAGUUCAGUUGGUCCCAUCCUGAGCCAGCUGCAGCAGAGCGCGCAUGGCACGGGGCACCAGAUGUUAGGGAGGCAUGACAAAGUGGUUAGAACAUCCAGUCUAAAUCUUCCAUAUUUCCCUAUCAUCACCAGCGCUCACCCCCCCAGCGCUCACCCCCCCAGCGGACUCAUGUCUGGUGCAGCCGCGUCUUUGGCCCAGCAUAGUCUUGCGGGCCUCCAUUCUGCUUUCCUGCCCCAAGUCGUACCUGAGCACUCUGCCCUGGCGUCUAUCGCUCAGUACGGGUCAGCUGAGGACUCCCCGUGUUACACCCCUCCCAUACCCAGCCCAAAUGUUCAAAGCCCUGUUAAAGCCAGGGCAGUUUACCACAACCCCCUUGCCCCUCAAGCAUCCUGUCCCGCUCGAGUGGACAGUGUGCAUGGAUCGGACCAGGCGGAGUCCUUAGGGGAACUUUUUACCCAGGAAAUAAAGACUAUCUCAGGCUCGCACAGUGCUAUACACCAAGAAAGGCCUUUGGCAAUGGGUGGAUUUUCAGAAGUAACAUCUAGCCCAUUCUCUUCCCCCAUUUCAGUCUGUAAACCUUACAGUGCAAUCCCAGGACAAGGUGCCCCCAUUAGCCAAUCACCGUUCGGACCUGAACCUCAAAAUAAGGCAAUAGCACCCCAUUCUCCUGAAAAUCAAUCCUGUUCUGUGGAAAUAGAGACUGAGAAUUCGCAGUCACAACUCCCCUCCAACUUGUGAGAUUCACACACACCCUCCUUUAAUGCCAACAAAACAUCACAAUGAACAUUUUGGCAUCAUUUUCAUUACAACUUUGCCAAUGCUUAAAGGGAGGGUGUGUUUUCGCAAUCAGACUUGAGAUUUUAUAAAUGAUAUUGAAUGGAAUUGUUAAGGGACAACAAUGAGUUUUUCUAUGGGACUUCCUUGAUUAAGAUAUUAAAAUUCAAACCUACUGAUAAAUAUAGCCUAUAGCACCUCAUGCAAAGGAUGAAUUGUUAAAUGUAUUAUAUCAUAUCUAUGCUGUUUUAUAUUUAUUAUAUUUAUUUAAGCAAUUGUCACUGUGUAACCUUUUAGUUACAGCCCCUUAGUUAAACAAUUCUGCCCAUAACUUUAACCAACUAUAACUAAAACCAAAAAUGACAGUCCUUUUUUACCCUUCCCAGCAUUGAGUUUGGACAAGAAACAAACUGUGCACUUUUAAUUCUGAGUUAAGUUAAUUUAAGUUUUGAUGUUACUAUAGCAUGUCUUCCAAGAUAGCAUUUUUAGCAAUAUUGCACAUAAUUCAGACUGCUUUCAAAUACUGAAUGUAAUGUUUGUUUUGGGAGAAGUGAAAUGUAUUUAUAUAUUUGACAUGGUUUCAUUACAUAUUUAUUUGAUUAUUAGAUUUUUUUUUAUAGCUUUUUCCCGCACAAUAGCAACUUGUGGUGUCAAGGAAUACAUCUGAGCCAAGGUCUGUGUGCCACUAGAAUAGUAUGCAAUAAUCUGCUUUUAUGGCUUAACAACAGUACUGUGAAGCAAAGAACUUUUUGGUCUUUUAGUUGAGUGCAAAUGUGUGAAGAGGUGACUACAGAUAAUCAAACAUCCUCAAACCAGCCAAUCACAGAGAUAGAUCUGAAUGUUUCUUGCACCUGUCAAAGGGCUACCAGCAGAUACUGUACAUUGUGCACACAUGGUUUUCAAGAAGCUGCAUUUCGCUGCCUGCAUUAUUACCUCUUACAUUGAAAAUGUAUCAUUGGAUACAAUCAUUGGAUUGUACAAACUGACAUCUCAUCAACUGCUGCUUUGCAAUGCUAUGCUAUAUUAUGAAAUGACAAUUUUAUAGUCAAAUAUUACAUCUAUGCUGUUAAUAUUUGAGUCUGUUUUUAUGACUAUUUUGGCCAUUAAGGAACAUUGCAGCUUGUCUACAGGGAAAACCAAAACAGUGUAUUUUAAGGUUUGCUUAUUUGACCAUACAAUAAGUCCA